GUUGCAUUAGGUCUCAUUCCAUUUGAGAGGGAAAUCAAUCAAUCUUCAGCGAUGGGUAAAUCCAAAGACGAUCACAAGCUCAAGAGAUCCUCUUCUUCUCCGCGAGAGCUUUUUUGACGGCAGAUUUUCGUACAGAUGAAUCGAGAAGCAAAAGGCGUAGAAGUAAGGACGAUGAUGAUAAGGAACACAAGUCUAGUAAGAAGCAUAAAUCUCAUACUUCUUCCAAGCACCAUUCUCGUAAAGAAAUCUAGUGGGAAGCGCAAGCAUAAAGGCCACAAGCAUGAUAAACUUCCAAAGAUGGAUAUCCAAGAAUUGACUGAUGAUGAUUACUUCUCCAAGAACAACGAGUUCUCAACAUGGCUAAAAGAAGAGAAGAAAAAGUUCUUCGCGGAUCUAUCUUCGGAUGCUGCACGGAGUCUGUUUAAGGAAUUUGUGGCAGAAUGGAACAGCCAGGAACUCGAACCCCAAUACUACGAUGGAAUUGCAAUGGCCCCACGGACAUCACAUAAGUGGAACAUCAAAAAGUAAAGUAGUAGUAUAAGUUUAGUGUUUGUAACUGAACUCGUCGUGUUAAGCAAGAUCGGGAUGCAUGAUGAUAAGCUAUAGGUCUUCCAACAAUCACAAGUCAUGUACAGGCUUGCACUUGGCCUUCAAACAUAUGUGUCUACAAAAAUGCUCAGUGCGGCUUCAAUUUAUGUUUUGGUUCUUAUUCUUCUUUUA